CACCCCUACAAAUUUCCGUUCAUUGAGGCAAUAAAGCAAACAGAAGAGUAUCUUAAAAUUACACUCCCUAAAGAAUCAGAAAACAUCUUAGAAGAAAGCUAAAAUUGGUUCAAAUGCAAAGCUUGAGAUCCUCUAUUCUGAAGUAUGUGAGGGUUAGGAUCCCAUUGCAAGUACAGUUUCAAGCUGAAAGACGGAAUGCGUUAAAUAUUCUCAAUUUGCAAAUACGCACUUGCAGCAGUUCUGGUGCCACCAAUCAGGAUGAGAUAAAAGAACGAGUGCUUAACCUUGUGAAGAAAUUUGACAAGAUUGAUGCAACCAAGGUUAAUGCGAGUGCUGAUUUUCAGAAGGACUUGAGCCUAGACAGCUUAGAUAGAGUGGAACUUGUCAUGGCAUUUGAACAAGAAUUCUCAAUUGAGAUACCUGAUGAAGAAGCAGACAAACUUAAAUGUUGUGCUGAUGUUGCUCAAUAUAUCAUUUCUGGAGCUGAGAAGAAAGACGGGGAGACUUCAUCGUAGUUUUUUAGUUAGCAUCAUAUCAUCGAAAAAGACAAGGUUUCUUUUGAACAUUUCUCCUGGAUAGUUUGUAUGACAAGUUGUUCAAUCGAAAGAUCAUAUCGUCCUCAACUUCUUCUAGCUCGCAUUUUAGUUUUUGUGGAUCCAUGUGAAUGUUUGCUACAUUAACUCGCCACAAUUUAAGUUAUUGAUUCUGCAGUGACUACAA